UGCACGUUCUCUAUUCUGCCCGACCGGGCGGUGUUCCCUAGAGGAAAGGUUCCGGCCCAGCCAUGGCCGCCUCGGCACCCGCCCCGGCAACCCCGGAGUCAGCGGCGAAGCCGCUACAGGGCGCCAUGAAGCUAGCCAGGGGCGCCCUCGAGCUGGACGCCGGAGACAGGCCGCGGGAAGCCUACGUGGAAUACCUGAAGAGCAUCAGCUACAUUUCCCAGGUCCUGUUGGAAGAGGCGGCAGCAGGCAAUGCGGAUGGAAACGACAUGACACCUGACACUCCCAAGAUGCUGAAAGUGGCAGAGCAGUGCUUGGAAAGAGCCAAAAGCAGCAUUGCCAAAAUCGGAAAAGCUAAGGUGAAGCUGGCAGCAGCGGAGAGGAUUUUGGGCCCUGUUCCUGUCUCCCGCCACCGCAGGGUCUUUUCGGAUGAAGGUGGGAAGCUGUCACCUUUCCUGCCUCCCGAGAUGUUCCAGAAGCUGCAAAUUACAGAAGUGCAGUGUGCGAAAAAGGAGCUCACCCCUCUGGAGGAGGCAUCGCUGCAGAACCAGAAGCUGAAAGCCACCUAUGAGGCUCGACUGGCCCGCCUCAACCCCAGUCAAACCAUGCAGAAGACAUCGCUGACUCUUUCCCUUCAGCGCCAGAUGAUGGAGAACUUGGUGAUUGCAAAAGCCCGAGAGGAGACACUCCAGAGGAAGAUGGAGGAGCGUCGGCUGAGGCUGCAGGAAGCGGCCAACAGGAGGUUUUCCAGCAAUGCGGUGCUGACCCCAGAAGAGCAGGAGCAGAGGGCCAUUUACGCCGCGAUCCUGGAGUACGAGCAGGACCACGAGUGGCCAAGGUUGUGGAAAGCCCAGCUGAGGAAGAGCCCCAACGAUCUGUCCCUGGUGCCCAAGCUCAUCUCCCACCUCCUCAGCUUUGCGGAUCACCCCAUCUGCCAGCUGCUGCGGAAGCUGCAGUGCUCGGCCUACAGCCAUGUCUAUCCGCUCGUGAGCUGGGGCAGAGCGGACGCUCGAGCCGCCGGGAAGGUCUCCCGAGGCCUUUCCCUCUCCUCCUCUCUGGACACCGAGGCCUUCCUCUCGCCAGCCCCCGAGGGCCGGAGACUGCGGUCCUCCCAAAGCAUGCACUCCAUGUUCUCUGUCCAGGAAAACAACAAGCUCAACCUGCGGCACAGCGUUUCCAGCAGCCCCCUCAUCGAGGACCCCAGCCUGAGCGCCCCAGAGCGGAGCCUGACUCGUGAGGAGCCAGCACCUGCCCUGGCAGAGAAGGAGAGUUCCUUUGAAGACUUGGAGCAGUUCUUGUCUGCCUCCGAAGCCUGGCCUUCAGGGCCCCUGAGAGAGCCCCAGGGCCCGCUGGCUGGGAGGAAGCUGUCAAGCCAGCAAGAGCAGCUCAAAGCGGUCGUGAAGGACAUUCACAACUCCAUUGAUAGGCUGCUCUCCCUGACCUUGCUAGCCUUUGAGGGCCUGAACACAGCGGCCUCCAAGGACCAGUGUGUGGCACGUUUGGAGGAGGCCUUCUUUGCCCCGCUCUGGGGACCCCUCCUGGCUGUGUACAGGAAUGUCUACAAAGCCCAGGAAUCUGCCCUUUCCAAGAUCAUGGAGCUGCAGAGAAAUACGCCCCCCUCUGAAAUGGGGAUCUCUUCCAAGCUGCUCCCCCAGGGGAACGCCGCCUGGGGAAUCGGAUCCUACCCCUACUGCGCCGCUGUGCAGGAGCUGAUGCUGAUUCCUCUGGGCAGCUGCCCUCAGAAGAAGCUGGAAUGCAUAGUGCGGACGUUGCGUGUCAUUUGCGAAUGUGCUGAGGAGUACUGUGGGGGCCGGGAGGGCAGGCCCCAGCCGGCAUCGUCUGCCAUUGGUGCUGACGAUCUCCUUCCCAUCCUUUCCUACGUGGUCCUCAAGAGCAACCUGCCUCAGCUGGUCUCGGAGUGUGCUGCGCUGGAGGAGUUCAUCCACGAAGGGUAUCUGAUUGGUGAGGAGGGGUACUGCCUGACCUCCCUGCAGAGCGCCCUCUCCUACGUGGAAUCCCUUCGCCGUCCCAUCCUGCAGAAGUAGCUGAGCUCUGCCCCAGGGUGCCAAGACGACGGCCUCCCCAUCUUUCCUCCUCCCUCAAGUGGGGACACACCUGCCCCCCUCCUCCAGUCUGCGAGAUGACAGCUUGCGGUGUUCUCCAGAGGGGCCCACCUUCCCCCCCCCCCCGCCUGCAGAAAACAAACCUGCUGGAGAGGAGGAGGAGGCCUCCUGCCCCUCCCUGGACUCUGUGCAAUAUUGGCAGGAGACGUCUUCAUAGCCUUUUGUACUAGCCUGGAAUGUUGGAAGGAGGUCCCUGCUUUGUAGCAUGGACUGGAUGUGGGAAGGGGGUGGCAUCUGACACUACCCUGGCUUUUGGGGGGUGCUUCUCCCGAGCCUCGAUUUGCUGCUGACUCUCUGCCUGGAGGCACAGGGGGUGGGAUGGGACAAUGAGGAUCAGGCUGUUUCCCUCUCCUGUUUCCCUUGGCUAAGGAGAAUCCUGUGUCCCUCCUCUCCCCUGAUCCAUUGUAUUUGCUGCUGGGUCCAAGGAAGCCAAGCCCCUCUGCCUGUCGUAAUGCGGGAACUCCUUUUAGCACCUGCAAGAGCAGUGAUGGGCACCUGCCUAGGCCAGCAUCUCCUGCCACCACUACCACCACCACCCGGCCUGCAUGCUCCCUCUUGCGUCCUUGCUUUUGCUACAUGGGUGGUCUGUGGUGGGGAAUCAGGAAAAAGGGGGCAGGGGGCAGAGAUCCUGCUGAGAUUCAUACUGUGAGGUAACAGAGGGGAGUCUGAUGUUGUGUGUGUGAGAGAGAGAGAGAGAGAGAGAGUGAGAGAGAGACAUAUGGAUGUUACGUGCAUGUAUGCUUGGUGAAACAUGGUAAGACUGGCUCUUAUCCACUCCCACUCACUGAAAUCAUGGGAUCGGUGCAGUUUUUAGAGGCUGUUUGCACUGCCUCCCAAGUGAAUGGAUUUCAGAAAGGAGUGUGUGUGUGUGUGUGUCAGAAUUUGCACGAUCUACUGAAGAUAAGCUUUGGGCCAGAGUGGAAGCAAAGCCCUGGACCAUGAUAAUUUUGGGGCCUCUGGAUGAAUUUGCACAAAGCCCCUGCAGGUGUGUUGCCUAAGUUGCAGUUGAGCCACGCGCUGGCAGGACUUCCCUCUGCUACCUUUUCCGGACUUUGGGAAGGGAGGCCCUGUGAUAACUGCCUGAGCCACACCUGCGCUGUAAGCCCCUCCAAGCUGGGGGGAGGUUUCAGCGAGCAGAAUGGGGAGCAACAGGUCUGAUGGGGAUGAUUUUCCUCCUUACUCCUACUGUUACUAUUAUUGUGAAUAUUUAUUUAUGAUCACACCCCUCACUCUUUCCUCCAAGGAGCUCAAGCUGGCUUACAUGCUUCUUCCAUGUAGGCCUCACAACAGCCCUGCAAGGUUGGCUAGCCCCUCUGCUGCAAAGACACAUUGGCUGCUGUUAAAGGCAAGGAGCAGCGAACAUUGUAAAGCAAUGGGGGUCCAGCUGCUGCUGUUCGUGCUCAGUGCUGCCUCCUCCUGCAGUGCCCUUGCCUGGCCAGCCAUGACUCCUCGAGCCUAAAUUGCUGGUUGCUUUCCUUUCCAGUUGUCCAGCUUUGCUCUCAGUGGGCUGUAAUAAACACACUGUCUUCUGGCUGCUCAGCAA